UUUAACAAUUUGGGUGAAUCAGUCAAUCGGAAAACUGCCUCUGGGACCCCACGGAGCAAAAUUUUGUUGCUCAGGGUCCUCUCGUUCUCUCUCUCUCUCCGCUCUUGAUCCAAAUCUUCAUUCACUGUUCUUGUUUCUCCUUCUUCCCCAACCCUCCCACUUCCCCUACUUCAGCUUCGAUGCACAAGCCGAGAGAACGUUAUUAAAACCAACCCCUUACUGUAAACCUUUUCUGACCCCAACGGGUGUUCUUCAGUUAAUAUGAUCUACAGUAUGCUACAAGGGAGUUGGGUUAUCUUUUACUACAUUGGGGGAUUUUUAGUACCCUCUAAUUAAACAAACAUUUUUUGAAGUACACAGAAUCAAAACGAUAUAUAGAAUUCAUACAUUUAGGAAUAAGCCUGGGUUUUUUUUUUCAACUGUAGCAAUUGAGAGAAGGAUGUCAUCUUUUGGUGAAGACACCCAUUGGUGCCAUCAAUGCCACCAUUCAUUCUGGCUUGAUGGAGAAGACAUAGUUUGCCCUCAUUGUUAUGGUGGUUUCGUCGAAGAACUAAACGAUGAACAUGAUGAAACAGUUCAAAAUGACUUUAAUCCAGGCAUAGAAGAAGAUCUUUCAACCCAGGUGCCUCCAAUUUUCGAAGCUAUGUUUGCAUUAAUGGGACGAAGAAGUCCUUAUCCAAGAUUUGGUCUUCUCGAAGCUGUUGAUACUUUCACCAGAGAGAGAAUGGCUGGAAGAAAUCCUAACUUUGACGUCAGGAGAAGAUCUGGUUCUGUUCCAGGGCAGAAUUUGGAUUUUUUCAACUCUUUUUGGUCAUUCCAUGAUCACAUGUCGGGUUCGACCUUUGCUAAUGUCACUCCAGAAGGUAGAUCAAGUCAGCAUACGGGACUGGAAGAAUUAGCCGCACAACUUUCCUUAAAUGAACAAAGAGAACCAGUCCCAACUCCUGCUUCUCACUCUUGUAUAGAAGCAAUGCCCACAAUCAAGAUUAACCAAAUGCACCUCGGCACCGACUCUCAUUGUCCAGUCUGUAAAGAAAAAUUUGAGCUCGAAUCUGAAGCCAAAGCUUUGCCAUGUAAUCAUAUCUAUCACAAUGAUUGCAUUCUUCCUUGGCUGGUCCAACAUAAUACUUGCCCGGUUUGUCGACUCGAGCUGCCUCAGCAGGAAAGUGGACACAGUUGGGGAGGGAGUGGUGACAACAACAGUGAAGACCUAAAUGAGAGAGAGAUUACUCAACGAAACCUGAGAAGGAGGCAUCCGAUCCCAGAUUUCUUUGCUCCUCGUCGAAUUGUCACUCGUUUCAGCAGUGGGAUUCAUAUAAAUGGCCUAUCUUCAGAUCGAGAUCACGAUAACGAGAUGGGUUACCCUGAAUGACGACCUUUCCAUUAUGGUCUACAACUCUUCUCUACUUUAGAAGCUGCUGAGCAUAUGGGAAAGAAAGCUGUGUUCUACAACAAAUGAGGUAAUAAGAAAUAAGAAUCAGCUCUAGAGGAGUUGUAAUAUCUAGAGCUGUUUUUUUCUUCCACCUUUUUUUUCCCUUCCUUCUUUUGUGUAAAAUGAUAUGAAAAAAAAUCUCAUAUCUCCUACAAUGACUUGUACUGGGAAAAAAGGGGCCCUAGAGAUGAAAUCAAAUGUAAUUAUAGUUGAUAUGUCCCAUGGAUCAAUUGAAGCCAUUUGCCUUUUCUGAUUUGUGAGCUUCAAUGAUGAGAAGAAGAUUUGAAAAGGAGCAAUAGAUUUUAUUGUGUUUAUAUAAUGUUGUGCAUUUUGGCAUU